AUGGCUGAUAUCGUACAUCGUGAUCAUCCUGACGUAUAUACAUAUGUAUUUCGAUAUGCUAAUGAAGCAAAAACAAAACUUAUUUUUACUGAACUAUAUGGUAAUGAACAAGUAUUUCUUGAACAUUCACGUGAUACUGAAUUUCGUAAACUUUAUCAAGAAGCUUUUAAUAAUACAGCAGGCAAAACUCGAAAAGAAUUAUGUAUUAGAAAAGAUAUUAAUAAUCCAUUGUUACCAAUAACUGCAACUAUACUGGAUAAUUAUUUACAUGUUACCUAUAUUUCUGUUCAACAAGGGUUUUUAUAUCGACACAUAACUGAUAAAAUAGAUGGAUGUCUUCUUAUUGUAUGUAGAGGUUGUGAUGAACAAGUUUACGAACGAUUGAAUAUGCUUGUUAAGUGUGUCACAUGUGUAACAUUUGAAGAAUCUGAUAAGAAUAGACAAUUAAUUGCUGUUACUGUACAAAUUCCUAACGAGCAAAUAUCAAUUAAAAAUGAUAAACCAUUGAUUGAUACCAUGGAAUUAGUUUGUCCACAAGAAGAAAUUAUUCAAAAAUUCAAAGAUAUGAUUAGUGAUCAUUUUCAAAUUCAAUCUUUACAAGUUCAAACAAAUUUUAGUGGCUAUAUUUAUCAUAAAUCUUCGUAA